AUGUCAAGCACAUUGUCGAACUCUCUGGCCGAGGCUAAAAUGGUCCCCGGUUCAGCUGCUAGCCUGAUCCCGGAAGGCUUCAAGCCUACGACGAAUCUGAAGGUCUCAUUCGAUGGGAAGGACGUCAACUUGGGGAACCUCUUCCGUGCGAGUGAGUGCAAGCGCGCUCCUAGCAUCCAGUUUGAUCAAGAACCCGAUGCUCCUGGGGAUGCUACCUACAUGCUCUUGCUUGUCGACCCUGAUGCGCCAACGCCAGAUGACCCCAAGUUCGCCUUCUGGCGCCACUGGGUUCUCCCUGGCCUGAGACCUUUGAGCGGUGGAGAUGCAGUGGCUCAAGUGCAACCCGCCCUCACAGAGUACUUGGGCCCUGGCCCGAAGGACGACUCCAAGCCGCACAGAUACUUGCUUCUAUUGUACCGACAACCCGCCAGCCUUGACCUUGCCAAGGAGGAUGUAGGAGGCGAAGAGUUUACGCAAAGAAGGUCUUUCGAUACUGCCAAGUUUGUUGAGAAGUAUGCACUACGACUCGUGGGCGCGAACUGGUUUCUCGGCGCUGGAGAUGGUUGGAAAGAGUAG